UUUUCUUCUGCUCUUGGUGAGAAAGUGCCUCCUUCUUCCCAGGACCAGGACCUCUGCCAUCCAACGCCACAAAGAGACAUUCUGCGCGCGCACACACGCGCGCGCGCGCGCACAUACACACAUUCACUCACACACACACUCACACACGGGCACACACACUUGCCCAGAGACAAACUUAAGGUGAGAGGAAAGAGCGCUAGCUUCACUUGAUCUCCAGGCUCCAACUUCAGCAGGACUUGAGAGCAUCUGAACUUCUGGAUUUUAGGACAAGUGAAGAAGAUUCUUUGGGCUAUAAAGAUGAAGAGUCUACUUCUUCUGGUGCUGAUUUCAGUCUGCUGGGCUGAUCAUCUUUCAAACAACUAUACUCUAGAUCAUGACAGAGUUAUUCACAUCCAAGCAGAAAAUGGCCCCCGUCUACUCGUGGAAGCAGAACAAGCCAAGGUGUUCUCACACCGAGGUGGCAAUGUUACACUGCCGUGUAAAUUUUUCCGAGACCCUACAGCAUUUGGCUCAGGAACCCAUAAAAUCCGAAUUAAGUGGACCAAGCUAACUUCAGAUUACCUCAAGGAAGUGGACGUUUUUGUUUCCAUGGGAUACCACAAGAAAACCUAUGGAGGCUACCACGGUAGAGUGUUUCUGAAAGGAGGCAGUGAUAAUGACGCUUCUCUGGUGAUCACAGACCUUACCCUGGAAGAUUAUGGGAGAUAUAAGUGUGAGGUGAUUGAAGGAUUAGAAGAUGAUACAGCUGUGGUAGCAUUAGAUUUACAAGGUGUGGUAUUCCCCUAUUUUCCACGACUGGGGCGCUACAACCUCAAUUUUCAUGAAGCACAGCAGGCUUGUCUGGACCAGGAUGCUGUGAUUGCCUCCUUCGACCAGCUGUAUGAUGCCUGGCGGGGUGGGCUGGACUGGUGCAAUGCUGGCUGGCUCAGUGAUGGGUCUGUGCAAUAUCCCAUCACAAAACCGAGAGAACCCUGUGGAGGCCAGAACACAGUGCCCGGCGUCAGGAACUACGGGUUUUGGGACAAAGAUAAAAGCAGAUAUGAUGUUUUCUGUUUUACAUCCAACUUCAAUGGCCGGUUUUACUACCUGAUCCACCCCACCAAGCUGACCUACGAUGAGGCGGUGCAGGCUUGUCUCAAUGAUGGUGCUCAGAUUGCAAAAGUGGGCCAGAUAUUCGCUGCCUGGAAACUUCUGGGAUAUGACCGCUGCGAUGCGGGCUGGCUGGCGGACGGCAGCGUCCGCUACCCCAUCUCUAGGCCAAGAAGGCGCUGCAGUCCAACGGAGGCUGCAGUGCGCUUUGUGGGUUUCCCAGACAAAAAGCAUAAGCUGUAUGGUGUCUACUGCUUCAGAGCAUACAACUGAGCGUGCCCCUAGAGCACGGCAGUUUUAAAGUCAUUAAGAACAUGUGAAAGGUUUCUUUUUCAAUAUGAACUCAUGCAAGUUACCAAAACUGUGAUGAACCCUUUUUUACUUACUGUAAAGAGUCAUUUUCAUAAAGACCAAUUCAUUAA